AUGGUGUUGACCAUGGCUUCUCAAGAUUCCCAGAACUUCUUCCAGCCUCUUUCUUCUUGGAUGUCACGGAUGUAUGAAGCUGUUCAGCAAGUUGGCAAUACCUUAUCUGCUUCCUUGCUUAAUUUAAGUAAGCAGGACCCUCAGUUAAAUGGUGAGCUGGACCCAGAGAUGAAUGAUGGUGAUGUUCAGGAGAGUGAUUUGGAAGAUGGAGAAAAACAAGACUAUGCUCAGAGCCAGAGUGACAUGGAAUCCGUACUGCUUGAAACUAACCAAUUCCCUAUGGGAAAUUAUAAUACUGAUCUCUGGGACCUGAAGCAAAGCCCCUUGGGGGACUCUAGUUUCAUAGCAUCCCAACAGCCCCGUCCUACCUGUGAUAACCCAAAGCAGCCACCUAGACUUUCUCCUGUUCUUGAGGAAGACAGCCAUCUUGAAAAUCUGAAGCAGAAUCUUCAACAUGGCUUUGAGAACCAGGUUUCUGGAUCUUUAGAAAACAUUAAUGGAGAAGAAAAAGUUAACAGUUAUGGAGAAGAUGAAGAACUGUCCACAUCUUCUGACAGUGAUGAGGAGAUGAUCAAGCAAUUUGAGAUCUCUGUAUCCCACUCACAGAGCUUCCGUUCUGGAGUACCUGAAAAAGGACCACUAACAAGUUCAGUGAGGAAGUCAAAAUUCAACCAUUUAUGGUCCAGACAUGAAGAAAAUAAUACAGAAGCAUCUGAAUGUGAAGGUAUUUUUGCAUUACCUCUUUACUUUUACAGUGGAAAGGUGCAUGACUUGGAUGGAUUAAGUCAACCAAGCUGCCUAGAUAAUGUCUCUUAUGGUGAAGAUGAUCAUAUUUCUGUGGAUUCAAGGACUGCAUCUGAGAGUAGAGAUGUUGGAGAGCAAAGAGCCAGUAAACAUGAAGCCAUCUUGACUCAUAGCCUUGGUGUGCAAGCCACAGGAAGAAGUCUGGAAAUAGAGACAUCCUUCAGCAACCUAGGCUUUGAAGAACCUUAUUCCACUGACACUUCUUCAGCCUGGAGCCCAGAGGAGCACGAUGGACUCAAUAUUCCUCACUUCCCUCCCAGUGCCUAUGAACCCAUCUCAAAGUGUGGGGACUUAGAUGUCAUCUUUGAAUAUAAUCUUUCCAACCAAAAGCUUGCAGUGACCAUCGUAAAGGCCCAGAACAUUCCAGAUAAAGAUCGAAGCGGUGCCAAUGCAUGGCAAGUUCACACUGUACUGCUUCCCAGAAAGAAGCAAAGGGGUAAGACUAGUGUUCAAAGAGGGCCCACCCCAAUCUUCAAAGAGAAAGUAUUCUUUAGUAAACUGGAGCCUGAAGAUUUGGGGGGCUGCGCAGUCAGGUUUCGUCUAUAUGCUAUACUCAAGAUGAACCGAGAGAAGAUGAUGGGAGAAAAGCUGUUUCACCUUAGCCAGUUGCGCCAAGAAGGGAAAAUGAAAGUGACUUUGGUUUUGGAGCCAAGGAGUAAUAUGAGUAGUGGAGAGUCUCAGCUCAGCCUGUCUGCGGUUUCUCACAGUGAUAGUGCUUCAUCCACACAGUCUUUGUCUCAUGGAGGGGUGCCAGAGCUCUUGGUGGGGUUGUCAUAUAAUGCCACAACGGGACGAUUAUCUGUAGAAAUUAUCAAAGGCAGCCAUUUCCGAAACCUUGCUAUUAACAGACCUCCUGAUACCUAUGGGAAGCUCUUUCUUCUCAACUCUGUGGGUCACGAGAUGUCCCGUUGUAAGACAUCCAUUAGAAGAGGGCAGCCAAAUCCCAUUUACAAGGAAACGUUUGUUUUCCAGGUAGCCCUCUUUCAGCUCUCUGACGUCACUUUGAUGAUCUCAAUUUAUAAUCGACGUACUAUGAGGCGCAAAGAAAUGAUUGGAUGGAUUUCACUGGGUCAGAACAGCAGUGGAGAGGAGGAACAAGACCAUUGGCGAGAAAUGAAGGAAACCAAGGGGCAGCAGAUCUGCAGGUGGCAUACCUUGCUAGAAUCCUGA